GGUGAUACAUUAAUAUAUUAAUUAAAAAUAAAUAUUUAUUUGCACUCAUACAGCUUUGAACCAUGAAAAGGUUCAAAUUCAUAUUUGUGUGCUGAUUUUGUCUCCCAGUCAUGUCAGUCCUGAACAGUACAGACACAGGUUCGCCUGUUUAGCCUUCACGGUGAUGGACUAUGACUGGCUCUCCACCAACGACUUUGCCGGUGAGGCCUUGGCUCCUCUCAGUGACUUCUGCUGGCCGGGGAGACCGAACUCAUCAGCAGCUGGCAAGAGUGUGCAGCCGGUCAUUUUGCACCUGUCUCGCAGUAAACCCAGCGAGAAGCCAAUCAUGAGGAUGCUGGAAGCUCGCAUCGGGGACAGGGAGGCUCAGGAGUUUGUCCGCAGGCUGAAGGAGAUUGAGAAGUCUAUGGAGGAGGAGUGAAAUCCAUCAGUGCUGCCCGUGUCCGUGUUUUCUGAGCUCGUAUGGCAAUCUGUGCUUUUGUACUGGUACGAUGUUUACAAUAUUUUUUUUUUUCCCUCUCCCACUAUUGUUAUUCGCUUGGUAAUUACACCAAAACAAAAAAAAAACAAAAAAAAAAAAAAAGAGAAAAAGGAGAACAGUGGAGGUUUUGGACUUGAAAAAUGAACAUUCUGUCACUGUGCAAACCUAUGCCUAUGUCUUUUUUUAGACUUUAGAUGAUCGUAGAUGUUUUAGUCUAUAUUUUUUCUGCAAGUAAAUAAUCUUUGUUGUAUGAUCUUUGAUAUGAUAUAUUUAACACUUUAGAUCUAUUUUGUGGAAGUAGCUUACAUAUCCAAACUCAAAAUAUAAAAUCUAUACCUCAGUUGUGCUCAUUAGUCACAGGAGAGACAUUUCUUGUUCUCAACAAUCCGAAUCAAGAUGGCGUGCAAAAAUGCCUAGAGAGAAAGUUAAAGAAAAAGUGCACAGGGAUUUUCCAAAAUAUAAUGCUGAUAUCACAC